ACAGUUAUAUAAUAACAUUUAUGUAGGUAGUGAUAAUUAAUUAAAGUAACGCAUUAAGUAGCCCAACAUAUUUGAAAUAUCUUUCUAUAUAUCUCGCAAUUUUUUAAGGUUUAUUCGCUUACAAUGACUAUUAGAUAUAUUGGGCUAAAUUUUGGGGGUAAGUACUAACUAGUAAACAUGUAUAAUAAGAAAACACUUGUAGAGAUGUACAUAUCUUGUAUUUUUAUUUUUUUAUAUAUCCAAAACGUUUAUUAAAAUCAGGAAGAAACAUUUUAUUUAGACUUUCUCUUGCAAGGAAAGCGAUCGUUAUAAUUAUAAUUAUAAUUAUAGCAAUAAUUAACGGUCGAUCAGCAUUUUUCUUUAUUUCGGUAAAUUUUCGUCUCAAAAUUGACGAUAAUUGUAUGACGUUUUUCUCUUUAGUGUUUCUUUCUGUUUUAAAUAGAUAUCAUCAUCCAAAUAUUAUAGCUGGUCAAGGAACUUUCGGCUUAAAGAUCGUGGAGCAAGUACCAGACAUCGACGCUGUAGUGGUUCCAGUCGGUGGCGCUGGAUUAAUAGCAGGUGUUGCGAUAGCUGUUAAAGCAGUUUAUCCGAGUUGCAUGAUUAUGGGGUCGAAUCGGAAAGGUGCGCGAGUUAUUAUGCGACGCGCGAAGCCGGUAAACCAACCUACACCCACAUAUAAUCUACUUUCGCCGAUGGAUUAGCCGUUCCCAUGGUGGGAUAUAAUGCGUUUGCUACCAUGGAUUCGUUGAUCGAUAACAUGGUCAUAGUAAAAGAAGAAUGAAUUAAAAAAUGAAAAAUGAGAAAAAUGAGAAGAUACUUCUAAGUAGAAUAAACAUAAAAAGUUGAAUUUGAUUAAGUAAGUAGAAAUUGAUCUUCAACACUUUCCUAUCUUGUCUUACCGUUAACAUUUCCCUGUUUCAACAUUAACACAACUGAUUUGCAGAUUAUUGCUUAGGGAAAGUUGAUGAUAAUUGUAGAAACAAGUUAUAUGUAUAUAACGUGUUAUAAAUUGGGUAAUAUCAAAACACGUUAUUUUAAUCGAAAAAUGUUAUUUAACUCUUGUUAAUAUUUGUUGUCACGAUUAAUUUAAAUACUCUCGUUUGCAUGUUGAUUACGCUAUAUUUUUAUACGAUAGUCUAGAAACAGAUUUCGAGUUUAUGUAGGUAUAUAAAGGAAGAAAGCAAAAUUUAUUGUUGUCAAUGUACGUGACGCUUGUCUCUUGUAGGAAAACGGUGUGUCAUACAUUUGUGACGCUCAUAGCAAGCGUGUUGAUUAAUAUAAGUUAUUAGAGUACUAGGAGAUACCGUAUAUACAUGUGACAUCACCAAUGGUCAAGCGCGGCUGUGAGAAACUUCCAUAUACCGUUCAUUUUUUCUAUGUUUUACUAGCAGUUGUCGUACUAAUUUUGGUUUGCAACGUCUGUCAGAGAACGUGAAGUGACGCGAAACGAUUGUCCGGCUGUUCUUAAUAAAUCUUAAAUUGUGACUACAAAAUCACACAAUUGAAUCCAGUAUAGGUUUCUAUGAUAAUUAGAACCUAGGAUUAAGAUUAGUUAAAUUAUUUAGACAUUACGCCUGUCGGUAUGGACCUUUACAUUAAGAAAGAUUUCUUUCAAAUUACUGUAGUUUUAAG